AGCAGACGGACGAUCAGCGCAGAGCAGUGCAGCGUAGACCAAGGACGAUGGACAAUGACGACGACGACACCAACAAAGGGAGAAAAAACGCCACUGACUUCAAAGAACAAUCGCCAGGAGUUUUUAUGCUGCGGGAGGUUUAUAUUUGGACCAGAUAUAAAGUCUAUAUUUCUGACGAUAUUUCUUAUUGUGGCCCCUGUUGCUGUAUUCUCAUUCUGUGCUUUUGUGGCUAGAAAAUUGUUGGACGAUUUUUCUCAUCACUCAGGAUAUUCAAUAAUGAUUAUAGUUAUUAUUCACACCAUUUUUUUAAAUUAAUCUGAUCCAAGAAAAAAAAAUGUAGCCCAAGACUUCUAUUUUCCAUACUCAAAUGUAUAUCAAUUUCAAAGUUACAAGUAGAUAGCUAUUCAAAAAAAGAUUAUUCAAAUAUGUAAAAGCACUAUGUUUCUUUUCUCAUAGACCAUUGUUCUCUUAAAAGUCUUAAAAUGUAUUCCCAGGUUUUGACCACCCUUCUACUGACCUCAGGAAGGGAUCCUGGCAUUGUGCCUCGAAGUAUUCGUCCUCCAGAGCCAGAUGUUCAUGAUUGGAGUGCCAAUGUCAACAAUGAACAGAAUCAAAGGCUAAGUUUGCCUUGAACAAAGGAUGUGAUCAUCAAUGUGCUGGUUUCAACAUUGUCGGUUUCGGCUGGAUAACUUCUCCUGCCGCAACAGAACUCGAAACCAUUGUUCUCAAUUUGCUUGCUAAGGCACUUAAGCUGCCUCAUGAUUUCCAUUCUACUGGGCAAGGUGGUGGAGUUAUUCAAGGAACAGCGAGUGAAGCAGUUCUAGUUGUCUUGUUGGCUGCUCGCGACAAGAUCUUAAGGACGGUUGGAAAAGGCGCUCUUCCUAAGCUUGUGACAUAUGCAUCUGAUCAAACACACUCUUCUCUACUAAAAGCCUGCCAGAUAGGUGGACUUAAUCCUGAGCUUUGCAGGUCACUAAAUCUGAUGCUUCAACAAAUUAUGUGCUUUCUCCUGAAGUAUUUUUUGAAGCAGUUUCAAGAGACAUUGCUAGUGGUCUUAUACCAUUUUUCUUAUGUGCUACUGUUGGUACAACUUCAUCAACUGCUAUUGAUCCUCUACCUGAAUUGGGAAAAAUUGCUAAUAAUGUUGAUAUGCUCCAGGAAAAGAAUGAAAGCAUACUUGACAAGCUCAGAGUUGAGGAAGAGAGAUGCAAGGAAGCCAAGGCCAGAGUUGAGCUUGAAAAAUAAGAAGGAAGCAGCAUUGCGCCAAAGAGAGGCUGCACUUAAAAAUGCCAAAGACUCUAAGGAUGGAAUUGGUAAGGAAAUCACAUCUCUCCAGGCUGCAGUUGAGGCUGCAGUUGGGGUUUAACUGCAAAAUAUGG